UCCUCAGCGGGUGGCCGAGGCCCGGUUGCCCACUUUUUAGCCAGCAGGCCCCUGGGGGGGAGACCCCGGCCUGCCAGGGGGUUGCCCCCACCCACCCCAAACCCCCUGGCAUCUGCCAGGGGAAAAAGGCCAGGCCGGCCCCCAACCCCCAGCUCCCGGCAUCCCUCACGGCCGGCCUGCUGCCCAUCCCCAGGCCUCAGUUGACCAAACUUCAGCCCCAAGACCCCAUCGCCAUCAUCAAGGCCCCAGCGGCUAUGCCCAAAGUGGACUCGCCAGGAGUGGUUUCUUUCAUCGUGGCCAGGAUAUAAGGAGAGACCCUGCUGACCCUCUCAGACCAAAGGAACAGUCUGCCUACUAUGAGAAGUGGAAUCGGCGAGCCCACUCUCUUGAAGCCAUGGGCUGCGGCACUUCUUUUCACGGGGAAGAAGUAAAGAAAUCCGAACGAGCAAUGAAAGCAGCAAUACUCAUCCAGAAGUGGUUCCGCUGUUACAUGGCUCGAUUAGAAGUGAGACGGCUCUCAGCCCUGAAUAUCUUCCAGUCCAUCGAGUACGCCGACGAGCAAGCCCAGCUGCAGCUUUCGGACUUUUUCUCCUUUUUGCUGGACCACUUCACGGAUCUCAAUAAGAAAGACUCAGAACUGAUGUGUCGCCUAUUCAGCGCCUCACGGAUUUGUGAUCCAGAUAGCCCGGGGGACAAACUAAAGGAGUACGAGAGGAUGAUCGACGUGCCCCCAUCCUAUCACGGCCCCCGGUUGUCAUUUCCCCUCACCGUCGUGGACAUCAAUGCGAUUCUUCAGGCUUUCAAGCAUCGUCAGCUCCUUCAUGCCCGUUACGUCCUCCAGCUGCUGCACGAAACCAAGAAGGUCCUGAAGCAGAUGCCCAAUAUCACUCACUUAUCAAGCUCCUAUUUCAAGGAGAUCACGGUGUGUGGUGACUUGCACGGAAAACUGGACGAUCUCUUGUUGAUAUUCUACAAGAACGGUCUGCCGUCGGGAGAAAACCCCUACAUCUUCAACGGCGACUUUGUGGAUAGGGGAAGACACUCCAUGGAGAUCCUGAUCAUCCUCUUUGCGUUCCUUCUUGUCUACCCUAACGACUUGCAUCUGAACCGAGGGAACCAUGAGGAUUUCAUGAUGAACCUGAGAUACGGCUUCACGAAAGAAGUUAUGCAUAAGUAUAAGCACCAUGGUGGACAGAUUUUGCAGCUUCUGGAAGAUGUCUAUUGCUGGCUUCCACUUGCAACUGUAAUUGACCAUAAAAUUCUGAUCGUCCACGGGGGAAUAUCAGACACCACGGAUUUGGAGCUUCUCAGCUGUUUUGAAAGAAGUCUGGUGAAAUCGGUGCUGAUGCCGCCAAUGCCCACGAGGACAGAGAAGACCCAACUCCAAACCUACGCCAAGAACCAAGCUCUAGCUUCCGGCUUCGACAAAAUGCCUCGGGUCCCAUACAAGAACGCGGCCUUCAUCGACAGGUGUGACAGGUCUGGAGAGUUAUCCAGAAAAGAGUGGAAGCAGGUCGUCGAUAUUCUGUGGAGCGAUCCUAGGAGCAGAAGAGGCUGCUUCCCAAACACAGGUCGAGGAGGCGGUUGCUAUUUUGGACCUGACGUGACCACGAAGCUGUUCGCCAAGUACGGACUGAAGAUGAUCAUCAGGUCCCACGAGUGCAAACCGGAAGGUUAUGACAUCUGCCACAAUGGGAGGGUGGUCACUGUCUUUUCCGCCUCUAAUUACUAUGAAGAAGGCAGCAAUCGAGGCGCUUACCUCAAACUGAACCCGGAUAUGAGUCCUCGUUUUGUUCAGUACCAAGUCAGCAAGACAACACAUAAGAAGACUUUCAACCAAAGGGUGAGUUUGGUUGAGAGCACCGCCCUGCGGGCCCUCCGAGAGAGACUCAUCGGCCGCAAAUCCGAACUCGUCGCCGCUUUCCAGCAGUUUGACCCAGGUGACACGGGGAAGAUUUCCGUAGCCGACUGGGUCUCGGUCAUGGACUCGGUGCUGAACCUUUCCCUCCCGUGGCGGUCACUGUGCACCCACCUGGCGGCCUUGGACCCCGAAGGAAGAGUGGACUACCUGUCGUGUUUCAGCCAUCUGCAGGUCCAGGAGCCCGUGCUAGAGGCUCAUUCAGCCUUAGUGGAAACCCUGUACAGGUACAGGUCGGACCUGGAGAUCGUAUUCAACGUCAUCGACAAAGACCACUCAGGGCUGAUCUCAAUGGAGGAGUUCCGCCAGAUGUGGCAGCUCUUCAACGCCCACCACCACGUCGACGUGGACGACACCACCAUCGACCACCUGGCCCAGAGCAUGGACCGCAACAAAGACGGCAGCAUCGACUUCAACGAGUUCCUGAAGGCCUUCCACGUGGUGCACCGGCACGAUCCCAGGUGGAGCACCAGGGAAGAAACCCCCUCUCCCACCACCGCCGACGACGAGACGUGGUAGCCGCCGGGACCGCCCGCCCCGUCCUCCCCUCCCCGGGCCGACGGAGAAGUCGCCGGGGAGAAGAGACUCAUCGCCGAGACGGGUCAGUGUCGCGCCCACGCCCCGGCCAAAUCGGGCCGGGAGAGAGCGGAGCCCGCCGACGGCGUUCGUGCCCUCCGAGGCGGCCUGGCCCGGGGAAGAAGACGGAAAAAGAGGGUGAGAAGUCGAAAGCCCUUCCACUCCAGAGUCUCGUUAUCGUGAAUUAGAAAUCGGUCAACAGUCAGAAACGGUACUUCAGACCCGCUGGUCUCCGUGUCUUCCGAGGCCCCGAUGCGGCGGAACGGACUCCGUGUCCUCGAGGCCGCGAGAAAGGAGAGGGUAGGCCCCCCAUCCUCCCGAGUCGCCCCCGGCCCGUACAGAAGGCACGGGGGCAGACCCCGAAGGAAGACAGUUGAGAGGGCAUUUCUGGCGUUAUUGCCUCAACAACCCGGUCCGGGGCUCGGGAGGCGUUUAAAGCCCUCCAGACUGUAAAGCUCCGUUGGGGCGGGGAAUACGCCGACCAAUGGGUUUAUGUUGUACUUUCCCAAGCGCUUAGUACAAUGCAGUGGACACGGUAAGCGCUCAAUAAAUGCCAUUGAUUGAUCGAAAGCUUUUCUCUAUAUCGGGAGUAAUGCUGGUGUUCUUUUCAGAUCCCCGAACGGCAAAUCCCCGUUGAGAAACCCUUCCGACACACUCGCACACUUGGCCAGUUU